UUCAAUAUAAUCACAUAAAGAGAAUAUCACGAAUCUAACAGACUUUCUUAAAUUAAUUAGUAUAAACAACGUUUUGUAGAUUUAUAAAUUAGUAAUGAACUAUUAAUGUAUUAUUAAACAAUUGAUAACAAAUUGUACUUAGUAAACUAACUAAAUUUUAUUCUAAACAAUGGUGUGUGAUAUAAAAAGUGGUCAAAUUAUUAAGUGAUGUUUUAACAAAUAAUAGCCAUAAACCUCCAAGAUGACAGUUUCUGUAACCGAUAAAACACAAGUGCAUAUUCAGGAUAUAGAGUAUGUGCCAAAUGGAGUUACUGAAAAACAUACAACAGACAAUGCAGAAAAAAGGACCAGUGCAUUUCUAUAUUUUGCAGCCGUUAUAGCAAAUCUCAACUUCGUCACCUUAGGAACAGUUAUUGUAUGGGUGUCACCAGUAACGUCCAAACUGCUUUCAGAUAACCCAGAUGUGAACCCCCUAGGAGCACCCAUUACAACAAUCCAGUUAUCUUUUGUUGGAUCUCUACCUCAAGUAGGGAUGGUUGUCGGUACACUAGUUUUCGAAAGGGUAUUAAAUAAAUUUGGACGAAAGAUAUGUUUAAAUAUAUUUACUUUACUUCUUAUCUGCGGCUUAGUUGGUUUAUCUUUCUCUAAAAUUAUUGUUUUUUAUUAUAUAUUUACAUUUUUAAAUGGCAUGUUCCUAUCAGGCGUAUUAGUAGGAGUUCCCGUAUAUUUAAGUGAAAUAACAGAAGAUCAUAACAGAGCCCAACUUAGUUGCUAUAUGGGAUUGUUUAUGCCAAUAGGAAACCUUUUUGGAUUCAUAAUGGGUCCAAUAUUUUCGGUAAAAGUUUUCACGAUACUGACAGCCUUUCCUUCGAUCUUAUCUCUUAUUAUAUUUAUAUUUAUUUUACCUGAAUCACCAGUUUAUCUUAUAACUAAAAACAAUAGACCAGCAGCUGAAUUGGCUUUAAAUAAAUUUUUAGAACAAGAUUCUUUAAGAGUCAAUAAAGUUGCAGAUAAAAUUGAAUUCAACUUAAGUCAAAUUACAAAAACCAAAAAAGCAAACAUAGCAGUAAUAUUUACAGACAGAGCUACAAGAAAUGGAUUUAUUGCAGCUUGUGUUCUUAUGAUCUUAACUGCAACUUGUGGACUACCUUCUAUUAUGAGCUACCUGCAGCCUAUUUUUGAUGCAACUGGAACAGAAGUGUCAGGCUCUAUCUAUGCAAUCAUUGUUGGUGUUGUACAAGUAGUUUUGUAUUUUAUAGCUUCACUGUUAGUAGAAAAGUGGGGACGAAGGCCCUUACUUUUAUUUUCUUCGAUAGCAAGUACUAUUCCUCUGGUUGUUCUAGGAGCGUAUUUUCAUUUACAAAGUAUUGGAUCAUCCUUCGUACAUCAUAUUACAUGGUUACCUGUAGUUGGUAUUAUUGUUUUAGUAGUAACUGCUGUAAUAGGUCUCUGUUCAGUAGCAUUGGCAUACUUAAACGAUGUUUUUACUAGUAAUAUUAAAGCCACAGCAAUAUCUCUUAUUUAUUUUGUAAGUGGAUUUUUUACAGCAGGUUCUGUUUUUCUCUUUCCAAUAAUACAGGAACAGAUAGGGCUUGCUUGGAGCUUCUGGAUGUUUUCUAUAUUUUCCGGACUAGGAUUUGUUUUCAUAUAUUAUAGAGUUCCAGAAACUAAAGGAAAAAAUAUAUUAGAGAUUCAAGAAAUUCUAAGUAAAUAUUAGGGAAACGAAAUAUAAAUACAGACAGGUAAAUCUAAGGAAGGAUCCAAGAAUCUGUAGAUAUCUGUCGUUUGUCAACCCCCCUUCCACUACCACAAACCUUUAAUUUUAAGUAAGAAAUAUAUCUUCCAUGACGUCUGUUUGAUUUCAGUAAAGUUUGGUAAUAGUAUCCAGUAGUAGUAGUUGUAUGAGGCAGUUGUCUGAUUUUAUUGAAUCUUUUGUUUUAGUUUAAAGAGCUAACGUACAGUGAUAUUUAUAUUCAUGUACCUUUGAAUCAACACAUCAUCAUCAUUCUCUUUGCCUUUUCCCUAUGCGGGGUCGACUUCCCUAAUUUCAUUUCUCCACACACUUCUAUCUUGGGUCAUAUCAAUAUUAAUCCCCUUUACCAACAUGUCCUGCCUGAUCGUCUCCCCCCAGGUUUUCUUUGGUCUUCCUCUCCUACUCCUUCCAGGAAUCUGCACUUCAGCUAUUCUUCGUAUUGAGUGAUUAACGUCUCGACGUUGAACAUGACUAAACCAACUUAACCUGUGCUCUCUCAUUUUGGCAUCAUUUAGUGCCACACCUAGACUUCCCCUAAUAUACUCAUUUCUAAUUUUAUCCUUCUUUGUCACUCCACUCGUCCAUCUAAACAUUCUCAUUUCUGCCACAUGCAUUCGUUGUUCCUCUUUCUGUUUCACUGCCCCAUUCAGUUCCGUACAUCAUAGCCGGUAUUAUGGCUGUUUUAUAGAAUUUUUCCUUCAGAUUCAUUGGAAUUUUUCUGUCACACAACACACCACUCACUUCUUUCCACUUUAUCCAUCCAGCUCUAAUUCUACUGCAUGCAUCUCCAUCUAUUUCUCCAUUACUCUGUAAUACCGAUCCUAGGUACUUAAAACUAUUGCUUUUUACAAUCAUUUCACCAUCCAAAGAUACCAUUUUAUUUGUAGUAACUCCAUCUUUAAAUGAACAUUCCAAAUACUCUCUUUUUGUCCUACUAAGUUUUAAACCUUUUUCCUCCGGAGCUUGUCUCCACUGUUCCAGUUUUUGUUCUAAGUCUCUUUCACUAUUUCCUAUUAACACUACAUCAUCAGCAUACAAUAUGCACCACGGAAUGCUACCCUGUAGUUUCGCUGUUAUCUGGUCCAAAACUAAUGAGAAUAAAUAAAUACUAAGCACCGAGCCUUGGUGCAAUCCUACUUUUACCUGAAAUUUAUCAGUCUCUCCCACACCUGUCCUAACACUAGUCGUUACUCCCUCAUGCAUAUAUCUCACAAUCUUUACAUAUUCGCCGGGGACUCCUUUCUUAUUGAGUGCCCACCACAUAGAAUCUCUCGAGGAACUCUAUCAUAUGCUUUCUCAAGAUCAAUGAAUACCAUAUGAGCGUUGGUCUCUUUAUUCCUGUAUUUUUCCAUCAGUUGCAUUACAAUGAAAAUUGUAUCUGUUGUUGAUCUGCCCUGCAUAAAGCCAAAUUGAUAAUAUCGGAUAUUUCAUCACGUAUCCGUCUAUCAAUAGUUACUCUCUCCCAUAUUUUCAUGCUGUGGCUAAGUACUUUUAUAGCCCUGUAGUUUGUUCAUUGUUAUAUGUCUCCCUUGUUUUUGUAGACAGGCAAUCAACACAUUCAUUGUAAAUGAGUCUUCUAUUGUUCCAAGGGCAUUCCUAAAGCCAAAUUGUGUCUCACUUAUUUCCUGUUCCAGUCUUGGAUAUAUAUUCUGUUGUAAAUCAUUUUUAAGAAUAUUUUGAAGGCGUGACUUAUUAGGCUAAUCGUUAGAUGGUCAGAGGAUUUUCUUGCAUACUUCAACUUCACUUUCUUUUCUAACAUUUCGGUCAACACCUACGUCUUAAUAGCUGAUAACACUGAAGAAAAUACAUAGCAAUUGGAUACUAGAAUAAUUGUACGUACAGUAGGAAAAAUGAAAGAAUACUCAUGACCGAACAUAUAAAACACGCUGUAUUUUCCUGUCACCGUGUCACAAAGAAAAUUGGCCAGCGCAAGUACAUGUAAUAAUUAUUGUUACAUGUACUUGCACUGGACACUUUUCUUUGUGACACGGUGACAAGAAAAUGCAGCGUGUUUUAUAUGUUCGUUCAUGGGUAUUCUUUCAUUUUUCCGACUGUAUAUAUAUCUAAUUUAUAUGUAAUAGCAUAACAGCUUUUGAGUUUCGUAAAAUAGAAAUCUUACCUUCUAGAACAGGAAAAUGAUGAAUUAAAAUAAAGAAUACUGUUCACAAAAGUGUAGUAAUAGAGUGUAGUAUAGAGUAUAAAAGAUUAAAGGAAAAAAGAUUUUUCUAAUUUUAACUUGUUAGUCGACAUUUUGUUCAUUUUAGAACAUUGUAUUAUUGUAAUUUUUAUAUUUUCUUAUAUUUUAGAAUUAGAUAAUACAUUUUUGUCAAAUAUACUUCAUUGACUUUUUAUGUAAAAUAAAUAAAAUUAUAUAAUGAUA